GAAAUAUCUUAAAAGGCGUCGACAAAGUUGAGCAAAAAUAGGAAAAUGGAGACGCGAGGUAUGGAACUCAGUACCUCGCGCUAUUACAAGUACUAUACAUAGAAUAGCAGUAGCGCAGACGCAAGAUACAUAGAAUAGCAGUAGCGCAGAAGCAAGAGAGUAAUUUUCCCGCCAUGGUCGUAGCAAUGGAAGUGGACUCAGAGAGCAACCUUCUCCAGCGAAAACAGUCCCUUUACCAUUCUUUGGAUGAGAGUUUUGAGAUGGGGAAGGAGGUAUACAGGGGACAGCAGUACAGUCAAAUAUAUUAUGCUAGGCUCCAUUUGAUGCGUACUCUCCUUUACUCUCUCCUUCCCAAUUGGAAACCCCAGUUGCCUGUCUGUACUGUUCUUGGAUUAGAGGAAGGCAAAGAAUGCAUUAUAGUUGGGACACUCUACAAGCACAUGAAGCUAAAACCUUCUGUUCUUGAUGAGUACUCUAAAGAGAGAUCUGCUGCACCGCUUGUACAACGUCAUAACUUUACGCACCCAGAUGAUAAUUUAGUUCUGGAAGAUGAGAGCGGAAGAGUCAAACUAAGUGGCUCUGUUCUUUUGCCAUCUACAUAUGUAACAGGUAUGAUUGCUGCAUUGCAUGGAAAAGAAACUAGUGCUGGUGAUUUUUUGGUUGAAGAUGUUCUAGAGGCUGGUCUACCACAGCAAAUAGAGCGACCAAUUGUCUUAGGUGAAGAUAAAUAUGUGGUUUUCAUAUCCGGUUUGAGUGUUGGGAGAAGCACUUCGAAUCCUCUCCAAUUUCAACUUUUUGUUGAUCACAUCACUGGACAUUUAGGAGACGUGAAGGAACAAAAUAUUGCAGCUCAAAUAGUUCAAGUUGUUAUUGCUGGAAACUCUGUUGAAGUACCUCAUGGACUUCUCAAUGGACAGAAUCUGGGUUCAAAGGACCAGUCUAGAUUGUUUGAGCCGAUUAAAGAGCUUGAUAUUUUGUUGACGCAGAUUGCCGCAAGUAUACCUUUGGAUAUCAUGCCAGGGUCCAGUGAUCCAGCAAAUUUCGCCUUGCCACAGCAGCCUCUCCAUAGAUGCCUGUUCCCUGGAUCAUCAGCUUAUAACACUUUCAGAUCUUGCACGAAUCCACAUUGCUUUGAACUUGACAACAUCAGGUUCCUGGGUACAUCUGGUCAAAAUAUUGAUGACCUUGGCAAGUAUUCUGAGGCAAACAGCAGUAUUGAAUUUAUGGAAAGGACAUUGAGGUGGAGACAUCUAGCACCAACAGCACCAAACACCCUUGGGUGCUAUCCUUUCACUGAUAAGGAUCCUUUCUAUGUUGAAACUUGUCCUCACGUUUAUUUUGUGGGCAAUCAAGAUAAAUUUGAAACCCGCUUGAUAAAAGGAUCAGAAGGGCAGAUGGUAAGGCUUAUUUGCAUUCCCCGAUUUGCAGAUACUGGAGUGGCAGUGGUGUUGAAUAUAAGAAACCUUGAGUGCCAUACGCUCAGCUUUGCUACUCAAAUCCACUCAUAAGGGGAAGGUAUGAUGUAAUGGCCAGGGUAUUGAUCAGCCAUUUAUGCAGAAGAUGUACUGAUGUCAGGCAGAAGUUUGCUGUGCAAAAGACAUCCAUUAGACUCAGAUUUAUUGAACGGUUGUCCUGUAUCUUUAGAAGUUUAACUUUAGAAAUUUCUGUAAUUUUUCAAAGAAUUUGUGUUUCAGUUUGCAGGACAACCCUUUACCCUGUUUGAUUUGCAAGAUGUGGGAGAAAAUAAUAUUUCUGUCACAAAAUCAUAGUCCGUUUGUCCUAGUUAGUAGUUCAAGCUUCGUACCAAAAUCAGGAUUGAUAUUGUCAUUACUUACUAGCAUCAAGAUUGCUAGUAUAAUCAAAUUUAAUGUCAAUUACAAUCUCAUCCAGACAAAAUCCUUUAGACUUGUAAUCCAAGAAUUUGUUUAGAAAUAUCAUAAUGAAGGGGGCAUUGUCGCUAA